AGAAGACAACCGUUCCUAAUCCGGCUAGAAGAGCUCCUAAAAAUCUCGUAUUCCACGGUGGAAGAAGGUUUUGAGGAUAAGUGAGGGCCUCUAAGACACGGAAACGGACCAUGUAUAACAGUCAAUACAAGGAAGCUAAUGAUGUGUUGAACUACUGGUUUGGAGGAGGGGAUCGUUCCAAGCGGCCAAAAUGGUUCGGAGGGGGAGAAGAAGCAGCGAAGGAAAUAAGAGACAAGUUCGGGCCGCUGGUAGAGAAAGCAAGAAAUGAUGAGCUAAAGCACUGGGAAAAUGAUCCUAAAGCUACUUUUGCGCUGAUCAUUCUUCAGGAUCAGUUCCUUCGUAGUCUCUUCAAGGGUAGUCCCACUGCUUUCUCAAGGGAUACAUAUUGUGAAGAACUGGCCAAAAAGUUUAUACAACGGGGGACACACGACCAUCUAAAGUUCAGCGCUGCUGCGAGACUUUUCAUUUACCUUCCACUGGAACACAGCGAGAACAGAGAGACUCAGGCAAUCAACGUUCAGCUGUUCGCUCAGUUAGAGAAGGACUGAAAAGGGGGGGAAGAUGAGUCAAGUGGAAACGCUUGGUACAAAUUUGCCUGUUCUCACAAGGAGGUAGUGGAUCUGUUUGGCCGUUUUCCGCAACGCAACAAAGUUCUUGGCAGGGAAAACACCCCAGAAGAACAGGAAUGGCUAAAUAAUCUUCCUGAUCGUUUUAAGUGGUGAAAAGGAAACACAGCAGAGUGAUGAUAAACCACCCAGCAACAGUCUUGUUAAUAUAUGAUACCCUGUAGAUAAACUGCAUUGACUAGGUUCAAGAGAUUAUAAACGUUCGCAAUUUCGUUCUCAGGCUCUCUCAUCUUUUCCGCCCCUUUGAGCGAAAAUGGGAGACCAAGGAACUGAAUUGACUAGAUCCAAGAGAAGUAAUUGAAAACCUUGCCACUCACUUCCCCGUUUCCAGCAACCGCACCAACUCAAGUUUUUGCUCUCUUUAUUUGUAAGUGAAAAAAGUGGAAGUUGGUUAGUAACAAAUAAAGGCUUAAAAAUGCAAAAGG